GAAAAUGGAAUCAAGAGUAUUACUUCAGGUUUUACUGGUGAUUUUUAGUUUACACACGGCCGCUGAGGGAAAACACAUUACGAAGGUAAAGUCAACUACGAUUAUUUUUAAGUUUUUCGUAUAAAAAUUUUAUUCACGCUUCUGUUUCGUUUUGUAUCAUUUAAUUCCUUACAUAAUUCGGGAUGAUCAAUUGAGGGUACCCUUUGAACUUAUAUUUUAAUUUUUUUUUACUCAAUGAUUAGUUCUCUUCCAUAAUUUCAAAUGAGUUUUGCAUUGUUUGCUACAUUGGGAGGGGGGGUGGGGGUGGGGGGAACAGGGAGGUCUAAACUUCCCGUCUCCAGUACCGUAUCAGUUGCAAUCAUUUGUAGUCAUCUAGACUCUCAUGACUACUCACCCCCUGACUUAUUAUUAAAAAGAAUUGCAAUGAAGUAAAUUGAAUUGUAUUGUUCGGGUACCACAGCAAUAUAUGUUUUUCAAUUUACCUUUAGAAGGCUGAACAUCACAAGAGGAUUGCUGUCAGAGACGUGGACGGUAAGUUAAGUCAAGAACUCAGCCUUACUAAUACUGUGAGCAUGAUGCAUUGUAUAAUAAAGUAGGGUAUUCGUCGCAUUGAUAUAUUCUGAACAUGGAAAUGGGGGGCAAGUCUGUGGACUAGAGAGGCCUUAAACUACUGUUCAGAAAGGUUCUCACAGACAUGUUUCUGAGAAAAAACUACUGAUUGGGGAGUGAGUUGUAUUGGAAACGUUCAUUUGAGCUGUGCCUACUUUAAUUUGAGAUACUUUUACAAGGUCUUAUGAGAUGAUCAAUGCUGCAUUGAACAGUUCUUUUCAUGUGACUACAUGCUCUCCUCUUCAAUGCCCAAAAAACAUUGAAAUGUUGGGUAUAUUUGUCUGAGCAAUUAAAAAUUUACAAGAGACUAUGUUUGGACAUAAACUUACAGCUUACACCGCUAAUGUAGCCAAUUAAACCAAGCUCCUCCGAGUGUUGCCUGUGAAGAGACAAAGGGAGAUUAGUGUCGCAGAGGCUAAUAUGUGCUUGAUAGUAUUCAGGUGAAAUGUGGCCUCCCCCGCAGACGUAUUUUUGGCUCGUCUCGCAGUGACGAACCCCUAAGAACUGCAAACCUACCCCUCCCCUAACCCAACGAUAACACUUAUCCUUCUUUUCACUUGGGGAGUGUUAGUUUAGGGGAGGGGUAGGUAUACGUAAAUUCAUAUUUCAAUCUUAUACUGAUCCAGGGAUUUCAAACUAACAUGACAGCUUUUCCCCUCUAACAGUUCAAAUUGACUACGAGCCAGUUGGUUGCUUUCAAGACAGGGGACAUGAUAGAGCUCUUAACCACAAAGUAAAGAAUUUCAGAAAUUUUUUGGGAAAGAAAUUGUGGGAAAAGUGGCCCGACAUGACCCUUGUUAUUCAGCUAUGUGCCGAAGAAGCCUUUAAACAGGGUUAUACUGCCAUGUUUGGAAUUCAAUUUUACGGAGAAUGUUACUCGAGUAAAAACGCACAAAGUAAUUAUGACAAGCACGGUAAAUCCAACAACUGCGUCAGUGGCGUUGGAAAAGAUCGGGCUAAUUUUGUCUAUCGUAUCAAAGGUGAGUUUUUUUUACUUAGUCUUACUAAAAUGAUAUGAUUAAUACAAAUUAAUCGAAAUUAUAUUGCGUUGAUUCACCCAAACAUGUUACGACUUGGCUAUUUUAAUAAGUUUCCUGAUCAGUAGUUGUGGAAGAUUGUGGAUCUGAUUGGCAGCAGACUUAAUGUACCAUAAUAGCGCCAGUUAAGGAUCAGGAAAUCAAAAUGUGAUUGGAGUCUUGGUACCUCAUAACUUACUCGAUCUUACUCUAGCUACUCGCUUGAACUUCAACAAGGGUUUUUCUACUACUUUCUACCACCGCCAGUAGUAGGUGUUAAAGUCCCGGUGGGGUACUCCUGUUUUUACUUGUGACGGGGAUGAUCGAAGGAUUUUAUUGAGUUUGAAAUUUUCCAUUCGGCGGGAUUUUGAGGGGUGGGGAAAUUGGGCACGUAUUUUUUUCGGGGUGGCCUGCAGAUUUAACGAGGGAUUUUUUUUUUGGUAUUCAUGGUAGCGCUUGCUUAUCCCGGUCGCGUAGUUCUACGAAUAAUGUAACACCAAAUAACGUAAACAUACCAUAUUAUUUAAUGCUUUCUGGAAAUUUUUCAGGCUCGGAAAUACGGCAUGGGUCUUUUGGGAGAUUAAUGUUUGUUCAACGGAUUUUUUUUGGUUUUGUUGGAAGCCGCAGGGAUUUUUUGGGUUUUGAUUUUUGCCCCCAUUCGAUUAUCCCCGUCACUUGAAAUCCGGAGUACCCCCCUUGGGGUUAAAGUUUAUAUUUAAUAUCAUUGAUAUAUAUUGUAAAACGCGUAGUUUGGUUAUUUUUUACGUACGUUAUAUAGAUGCCAUAACGUUUGCCAUUAUAAACUGGAUUUAUUAGUCACGUCAACACAGUAGGGUAACGUUAUUGCAUUAUGCAUUAUUGCAUUAGUGUUAGUUAACGGAUUUAUAUAAAAUUUUUAAAUGCGUUAAGACACCCUCCAUGGACACCAGCCAAGUGUUGUUCAGGCUAACGUGUUCCUCUUAUGAUAUGAAUUUUUAAAUAAAGUAUUAACUACCUACCUACCUACCUAAUCAGUAUGAAUAGCCGUUUUGUAGCGAGCAAUCGAGCAAUGGGAACUUUUAUAUCACUGUUGUCUCACAACAAUCAGAGACUAACUGUAGCAUCUGCUUUUUUCUUCCUUAGUAAACCCCAUUCCAGUUAAAGCCCCAAAUGCUGUCUGUGAAGUCGAGGGACAAACCUUCAUAGAUGGUGACGAUAUGGAGGUGUAUAAAGGUGAUCUGGCCAAUGGUGAAUGCGAACAAUGCACAUGUAAGGAUGGAAUGCUAAUUAACUGUCACCACAUCUUCCACUGCGUUCUAAACGAUUCAAGCUGCAAUAGUUACUCAAAGAAACCGGGGCAGUGCUGCCCCACAUGUGAGCGAGGUAUUGUGGGUAAAUUAACUGUUAGCGACUAUUAACAAGUUGGUCAUAUACUAAUAUAGGACUCCUUCUUAACAUCUCGCCAGAGUUCUCCCUGUGUCUGAUGAUCUCAAAACCUUAUUUAUUGUUAUUCAAAUUGAGAAACAGCUUCAAGUUUCACAGUAAAAAAAGUCAACUUGAGUAUAAAAAGCAAUUUUUAAAACAUGAAUUUCUAGUAGUCUCAUGAUAAUCGAAGUAGUCUCACAUUCAUACUUCACCAUAGACAUUGCAAUCAAUACACGGUCUUUCAAGUCGGAGGGAUUAGUUUAAGGACACAAGGACAGGAUCUAGAAAUUUCAUCCCUUGAGGAAUUCCCUUUUAUCAAAAAAGCGAUAUGCGUUGAAAUAUCAGCUUUGCAGUUGUCUUUGGACUUCGCGGUUUUUGUUCUUAAUAUUUUAUAGCUGAUUAGAUCUCUUUUCUCGAGAUCCAACGUUGCCAACCAGCAAGAUCUUCGUCCAUGGUUUUUGCAGUAAAUCUCGUUAUCCUUAGGUAAUUGUCUAAAAUUUUGAUUUCCGUUAUUGUUUUCUUUAAGACGUCCCUGAUAACGCACCAAAAUGCACAGUCAAAGACCGACUGUACAAGGAAGGUGAGAGUAUGGAGGUCCUGAAGCCCUUAGGACUAAAAGCAACGUCGGAGUGCCAUCAAUGCACCUGUAAGGGGGGAGAACUGGAGGAUUGUCACAGGAUCUACUACUGCGAGAUGAACAAACCCGGUUGUACGCAAUUCAUCAAAGCACCAGGGCAGUGCUGCCCAACCUGUGCUCGUGGUAGGUAACAUCUCGGCUAGAACUUAUAGCCAUACUCACGCUGACGGCGUUCCAGUGAAAAUUGGCGCAAAAUGGAGAACAGGGGAAAGAAAGCGGAAGAGAGGAAGAGGGAGAGGGCAGGGUAAUCCUUCGCUCUUACUCCCUACCCGCAACCCCUCGCUUUGUUUUCAUUCCACGUUUCUUUGCGCCGUCCUCUUUAUCUGACCGUUUAAAACAAGCCAGUUAAUACUCAUUAUUGGGGCUUAAAAUGGGUAAAGCAAAGGCUCGGUUUGUGUGCCUCAAUAAUUUUUUGCUCAUUUAGUUCUGAAGUGUAUCAUUUACAUUUGUUUGUUUACAUUUAGUAAUACCAAGGCCAACUCCACCAAGCUGCAAAGUCAGCGGCAUCUAUUACAAGGACGGAGAGAGCAUGGAAGUGUUAAAGAUGUCCGCUGACAAAAAGACAGGGGCGUGUCACCAGUGCACAUGCAAUAACAGCAAUGUUGAGGGAUGCCAUCAUAUUUUCCACUGCCAUCUUAACAGUCCCGAUUGUGCAAGUUAUAAGAUAGUACCUGGCCAGUGCUGUCCUGAAUGUGGUAUGAUACCAAACCUUACGUGCUGUGUAAACAGUAUUAAAAUACAUCACGCAGUUUCAUGAUGAAAUGGGAUAAAAACGGACAUUGAAAUUGAUCACAAUUCCCAAUGUUAAAUCUAAUUUUCAGUCCAUGCUACUAGUCUUUUUCAUUCGGACGGAGAACAAAACAAUGAAUAAUUAAACACUGGUGUCAUAGUUAUAGAAAGUUGCAAAGACUCUCCGCCAUUUCUUUACAGGCUGUAGGGGUUGGCUUUAAUACAGGGCGAAACGAAAAGACAGUUCUCUUCUUCAGACCAUCAAUGGUUCUUUGAGUUUAUUUUCUUAUGUCACCAAAGCUAGUAAAAUGCUUCCUUAAGAUUUUUAUUAAACUAUGGAAACUUUUAUUCGGUGAGGAAGUCCGGUGGUAGAGGCAAUGAUGAGAUCGAAACAUGCGCCGACAACUUAACAUUAUUUCUGUUCACAAGUAGGUUGAGUUUGAUCGUCCGGGUGAACGUAGUCCUGAAUAGGACUGUUGCUGUUGACAGUAACUGACGUUUCGACAACCUGUUCGGUAGUCAUCUUUGCAGAAUCGGAGUGAAUUGAAUCACGUCAGUUGAUGGUAUUUAACUCUUGGUUAUUGACCUGAUUAAUCAAUUAAGUCGCGAUGUUAUAUUAUUGAUCGUCUGUCAGUUAAGCCGUGAUGUUAUUGGCCAUGAAGACUCGUAAUGUCAUUGGUGCGUUUCGAACUGUCUGUUGAUUUUGUUAGCUGUCAAUUGACCAUAACAUGGAUGUCUAAUACCAUUAAACAUACACAGUAUAUGCCUAGGACUCCUAGCGAUUAAGUGUGAUAUUUCGCAUCCGCUAACAUGAAGGACGUACGGACGUUCGGACGAGUCGUCAGAACCCCGAUUUCUUGGAUGCAUACGCAAACAAAUUUUCUUACCCAUGGUGCUCAGCUGCGCGAGAGCUCUACUAUCAUUAACAUUAUCGUAAUCAUUAUCAUUUUCAGUUCCAGUCAACCCCGAUGAGCAUGCCCUGAGUUGUCAGAUUAAUGGUCUGUUAUUCAGAGAUGGAGCAAGCGCAGAGGUGCUAAAAGAAUCUGCCGAUAAGAGUAGCAUAUACUGUCAGCAGUGCCAAUGUCAAUCUGGCAAACAUACCUGUCAUAAGAUAUACGAUUGUGAUAUUCAGAAGGUGGCCUGCGAGAAAUCAGUCAAGAUUCCAGGACAAUGUUGCCCCAGUUGUGGUGAGUAUUCUGGCAUAGUUAGUGGCCAGUUAAUAAACAACAACCAGUUGCAAAAUGGGAAAGUCGCUUUUGCAAACGAACCGGUUUUCUUCAUGCGCCUCAGAGAAAGAAUCCUAAAGAGUAAAUGAGGUUGUCUUACUAACGUAAAAAAUUUUUUAUUAUGGGCAAAUCCCGCAUUCUGAUUGACACCCAUACUCACCACCUAUGAGCUCAUAGAUAGUAAUUACUAAGCUAUCGUCUGUAAUCAGAAGCGUGAAAAGAAAGUUACCAGCCAAUCAGUAACUAAAAAUCAUUCAAAUCUGUGCGAUGCGGAAAUGCCGGCUAUUUGUUAUUCUUCAAGCUCUUCAAGCUUUGUUUUUUGGUUGUUAGGCUUUGCUACUACAAAACUAUUUGUUUUUACACUUUUACCCUGGUUGGAUGGAACUUAAGUCCCGUAGGGAAUAUCUAUCGAUAAUUUAAUCAUUUAAGUUUGUUAAUGGUUUCUCGAGAGUUAAGCUUGACAAUUAUUUAUCUUUCUCUCGUGCUAGCACUAGAUCAAGAAAUAGUAGGAAGAUUUGGAAACCUUUUUCCAGAACUAAUAUUUUAAAAUUCUCUUUCUGGCAUAGAUAUAUAGAUGAAUGGAACUCGUUACCAGAUUCUCUAAUAUGUGCCGAUUCAUUGUCAAAAUUUAAAAAGGGCUUAAGAGUACACUUUUUAACUAGUACGUAAUGAACAUAAAAUUGUUGCGAUUGCAUAUCUAAUUUGAUAAUUAGAUAAUUUUAAUAACUCCAUUAUUAAUAGAUAUAUUUUAGUGAUAUCUUUUACAUUUCUUCUUACAUUGUAUUAGUCUUUAUCUGACUUAUAUUUCCUUAAUAGCUUUGUAGAUAUUUUUAGGGGGUCAUCUUACAUGAGGAUUCAGUUCCUCCCUGAUGGCAGCCUUUUUGUAUUGAUUAUUACAAAUAAAGUUGUUAUAAAUAAAUAAAUUGAUGACGUGGAUACAGAAUAAGCAAAUCCUUAGCUUUUUAGUCAGGUUAAGAGAAAUUUUAACUGUGAGGACUGCAUACACUGCGGCAUGCUAAAUAAUGUUAGUUUGUACUUCGUGGCAUGUAACCCGCUCUUCGUUUCGACGACCUUUUUUUGCCAAGCUGUGGUCACUUUUAAAUCUAUUUUUCAGCUGUCAGCUGCAAAAUUCUUUUUAACUUUAGUUUUCGGAAACUUCGGAGCAAAUUUCGACAGGUUUAUCCGUUUUCUACUUGUAAGUUUCCUUAUAAACUUCACGGCUAUUGAACUAUCGCUUAAUGUCAUGUCCUCAGUAGAAAGUACUUUCAAAUUUGCAAUAUAAUACCCUCAGGUAGUUCAGUUUAGAUCGGCUCUUUCCACUAAGCCCAUAAAUAUUUGUAUGAGUUAUCUUUAUUUGCUGGUUUGUAUUUUUAAAACCUUCUUUAUUUCCAAGCCUUUUUUAAACCCUUUUACUUUGUAAAUUGCUUCACAGCUUGCUACCACAACGGACAACAACUGGGGCCUGGUGACCAAUGGCUGAAGAAGUCUGGAAGCGACUGCAUACAGUGCACAUGUCUAAUGGACGGAACUGCAAAAUGCCUAAGGGUACUAGAGGGCUGUCAAUCAGGUAGACUAAAUACAGCUAUGAGUGUCAGUAAUAAUAGUGAUAAUCAGUUUCUUUUUUCAGAAUAAUGAAUAAAUGGUAAGAUUUGAAGGCAAGUUCGUAUAUCGUAUUUUUUUUUUAAAGUACCAAUUUAUAACGGAAGAGGGAGUUCUGAAAACCGGUUUUGUGGGUAAGGGUGCUGAGAACUUUAAAUAAGCAUAUGAUUUGUUUUUUUAAAAUAUCUCACAAUAAAUCACAAACUAGCGGCAACAUUAGAAAUGCUGAGAAAAACGCAAAUUAUUGGAUCCAGUAAAAUAAUACAUGGGAAUUAGUUUUAAAAAGAGAAAUUAUAAAAAAAGACUUCAAAUUUUACUAAAGAAAGGGUUUUUUCAAGUUUUUGACCACACAUUUGAGGAAUUCAAGUUUGCAGCGAUGUGACAAAUAUUCAAAUAUUCUGUCACAUUUUCUUUUAGAAUGACGUGCACAGUUCCACUGCAGUUGAGGCACUAAAUGGAUGGAAGUAUGAACUUAAUCAAAAUUUAAAUUGUGCUUAAAUCUGUAAAAUACAACUGAAUAAAGUCAAGUAC